AUGACCGAGUUACCACAGGCCCCUUGGCAACAACUCUCUGUCGAUUUCUGUGGCCUUCUUCCCUCCGGCGAUAUGCUUUUCGUGGUAAUCGACGAAUACUCGCGCUAUCCCGAGGUUGAGAUUGUUCGCUCCACCUCUGCAAAUACCGACAAGAAUUGGAAGCAACUAGCAAGAACUGUUUCUUUUCCUCAGAAACUACCGUGUGGCGCCACUAAUUCCACCACAGGAGUUUCCCCUGCCGAGCUCCUCUUUGGACGAAAAUUAACUAUCAAGUUAGCUGAAGUGGUCCCCACGUCACCAUCACGAUCCAGAUUCGCCGAUAUCGAUCUCAAAAAGAAGGAAAAGAUGAAAGAGUAUGCGAUACCGCAGCCAAAGCAAAACCACACAGCUUUCAAGUUGGUGACACUGUUAUCGUUCGUCAAAAACGCGUCAAUAAACUAUCCUCACCGUACAACAAAUAUCCAUAUACUAUCGUCAAGAUCAAAGGUAGUAUGAUAACGGCAAGAAACGCAACCAGCUACAUAACAAGAAAUAGCUCGCAGUUCAAGAAAAUCACUAUCACCACACAUUAAUAAGAUUAUGCAGUAGGCCCUUUUGACGAUGAGGAGAUCAACAUUCCAACACCGGACCAUCCUGCGGAAAUUAGGCGUUAUCCCACAAGAGAAAAUAGGAGACCUCCAGAACGCUUAAACAUUGAAUAUCAACACUAACAAUAUUUAAACUAACUAUGUUUUAUUAUUAAAUAUAUAUACUUCAUUUUAGACCAUUGGUUUUAAUUAGGUCAAGUUUCUUCAUAUAAACAAUGCCCGACAAACCUCCAUUCAAAACAAGGGAGGGAUGUAAUAACCUGCCGUCAUGUACUUAUGUGACGUCACUUGUAUAUAUGUAGCUAGCAUUCCAUGGAUGUUAAAUUUAGUAUUGUUAUAACCACUCAAGGCGCGUGCCUCGUAUUAUCAUACUAUAAGAAUACCACAAAAUGUACGAAAAGUGAUCUCAAACAGCUCAGAUUUAAAAAAAAAUGUGGAGAGCGGGGCCCCCAGACCCCCUUUCUCUAGAAAGCUUACGCCUUUGGAGCUCAUUCGAUAAAAUCUCCAGCCAGCCUGUCAAUGAAAUAGGUAUCAAUAAAACCUCUAGGGUGGCUGGAGAUUUUACAGAAUCUGUCUGUCAAUAAAAUCUCCUUCGGCUCUCAUUCGAUAAAAUCUCCAGCCAUGCAUAUUAACCGCAUACUGACGUAUAGGUAUAUAAAUCACUUCACCAAAACCAAGUCAUAUUAAAGCAAGAGUCAAAUAACUCUAUUUUAUUUGUCACCCGAAUACAAGCCAGAAGCAUAUGUAUAAUGUAAAAAAAAUACAACAAUAUUUUCUUAUAUUAAAUUUAUAAACUCCCCUUUGACCAUUUAUAGUAGACAUCAGUGCAUGUAGUGAAACGCACCAAAUAUACACUAUCAUGUGACAACAAAAAGAAAAUGAUAUCAAUAACUGACGCGAGUUUGAUAUGUACACAAUUGGGGAAUAAUUCGGUAUUCCUACGCUUGGGAGGUAUGUCAGUGGUGGUCUGUGUGAAUCGAGCGAAUCAAUAUAACCCACACAUCUGAUGAAUUAACUUGUUACUGAUAUGAUUCAGGCAGUAAGUCAAACCAAAGGGCGAAGAUGAAACUAUGGACAGAUUAUUCGAACAUACUGCAUUGAUUGGAUUUUUAAAUUUAUUUGAAGCAGACUUCAUUCGUGAAUUGAUUAAUCAGUUAUCAGUUGUCUUCGCGAUUGCACUCGCUUCUAGCCGACUUAGGAUAAAUGACCCGCCGUGCAUAAUGUGUAACUGUUACUUGCAUCUGUUUCGUUUAUGUUCUGUUGACCGCUUGACCUAAUGGCUCUUUUAACAAAUGGGCGCUCUGCCUUUUAGAAAUUGGGGAAACACUGAUCACGCCGAUUAUUAGUCAAAACGCACCCCGUCGUGCACCACUAAAUGUCCUCUACUAUCCCUACGUUACCACGCACUACAAUAUCUGCGUUACCAUUAUUAACCAUAACUGAAAGAUUCUGCGGAGGAGAGUGAAUUCAGACACUGUAAAACAGUUAGUUAAAACAACCAACAUGGUUAUCCCAGACUUCAAAACGAAGCUUUAUAAUGAUUUUUCGAUAUUUCGCUCCCUUUAUUGAUGCUAGUCUGUUUGUGAGUAGGCACCCAGUGGAUAUCUGACCUGAAGAAUCCAGAUCUGCUCCUGCAGUGUUAUGUACUGACUGUUUGAUUAGCGCCCUUUGCAACGCUCUUUGCAAAAUACUUUAAGCAACUGACACUGGAUCGUCGAUCAGUGGAUGGCUAUUGUUAUAGCAAGUGUUAUGCAAAGGACAAUUUACUGGGGCCGGUUGUAUAAAACUCUUAAUCACUUUUUAAUCACUAUUUUGUAGUUAAAUAGUGAUUAACUCUCAAAUACGCGCUUCUUAUUGGAUGACGUUUCCACUAUAAACUAUAGGGGUGCACCGGAACUCGGUUCCGGCCGGUU